AUGUUUACCAUUAUACCCGUACUGUAUACGAUCGGUGUUCAUUAUAUUCAGAAAUGGCGAGCAUCCUCAGUAGUCUGCGACAUGUCAAUAAUCGUCGAGCAAGCCAAACCAUGUGACAAACAUGAGCACACAGCUAAAAUAGAUAAUAAUCUAACUCAACGAACGAAAACAUCUAAGAAAAAACAAGAUCGACGACGACAACGACGAAAAACAUCGAUUAGCGAACUUAGUUACGAUGAUAUCAGCUAUCUAAUUAAUGAAACAGGAUUUACUCGAGAAGAGAUUCUCCUUUGGUACGAAGAUUUUCUUCGUGAUUGUCCGGAUGGGAAACUUUCGAAAAGCAAAUUUAUUAAUAUUUAUCAACAAUUCUACAAAACGGGUCGCGUAGAAAUCUUCUGUGAGCAUGCUUUUCGUUUGUUCAAUAAAGACGGAUCAGGCUAUAUGGAUUUCAUGGAAUUUCUUCUCGCUGUUAGUUUAACAUCGUCGAAAGAUCCGAAGCGAAAAAUAGAGCUCUUCUUUGCAAUGUAUGACAUUGAUCACAAUGGUUUGAUCGAUAGCAAUGAGAUGAGAAGUGUGAUUGAAUCUAUUUAUCAAUUGAUGGGAGUGGAUAUAACAGACCCAUCGAGGAUCGAUACGAAAGUCUACAAUUUGUUUUCGACAGCUGAAUGCGAUCAAUUAGACUAUUUAGGAAAAGAACAAUUCGCUAAAGCAUGUGAAAACGAUCGAUAUCUGCGAAAGUUUUUAAAGCCGCCGACGAAAUCUUCGAAUAACUAUUGA